AUGUUUAAUUUUGUGCUUUUUUCCACCCUGAUUUCUCCGAUAUUCACUGAACUGGGGGAAAGAUACUGGGCCUGCAACUCCUCUGCUAUGAGUGUUUGGUAUACCCACUGCGAUGGUGCGCAGCAUCCUGUUUCACUGACUAUUAAUCCCUGUACAUCACUGAUGGAUGGCAAAGGAAAUUUGCAUAUUUCUUACAUCCCCAGAGUAGACAUAAAGCAAUUAUAUUUCAAUCUCUACUUAUCUGUUAAAUCCAUGGAGCUUCCAAAGCGCAAAGAAGUUGUUUGCAGAGGAUCUGAUGAUGACUAUUCUUUUUGCCGAGCCCUGAAGGGAGAGACUGUGAAUACAACCGUAUCGUUUUCCUAUAAGGGAGUUGCAUUUCCAAAGGGACAUUACGGAUGUGUGGCAGAAGCCAUCACAGGGGAAGAUGAACAAAUGCUUUUCUGUUUGAAUAUUACCAUCCUACAUCACCAUAACUACAGUUAGAAUAAAUAAUUCUUCUCUUAU